AUGCGUUCAAAGCACGACCAAUAUCACGAGUACGAUGAGGAACGAAAGAGACAUAUGAAGGAGUUCAGGGAACACUACAAAAGUUAUUACAGAGACGAUCCUACUACCGAAAACUCUAAAAAGCUCCAAAGGCUAGCUAUCAAAUGGACCAACGAUGCAUUAACUGUGGCAGAGGCACGAUUGCAAUUCUUAACAGAAAAUCCAUCCGCAUAUAAAGAUCAUACAUCGGUGAAAGGACAUCUUGAUCAAAUACAAAAUGCGAUUCUUAGUGCUACAACUGCCCUGGAACGUCAAAGGCGAACUAAGGCUUCUAUUGGAAGUAUAAGAUAA